AUGUUUGCAUGGAGAAGCUAUAAAGGGGUCAUUCUGGGCAGGAUUGUUCCAGAAGCUGCUUCUCAUGCGGAUGGUUUUAGUAAAAUGAAGACUAUUAGUAAAUUAUCUAAAACGCCUAAAACACCACAAACGUCCGCUGAAAAAUCAGCAGCAAAAAUUCAGAAUGCAUUUCGUACACAUCAAGCACGUUUAAAAUUAAAGAGCCAAGCAGCUUGGCAAAUUCAUGAAAAACUCGAAUAUUCAAGUGAACAAACAGAGAGUAAACUCAAAGAUAUGUUCGAAAAAUUAUUACGAGCUUCAUCAUCUUUAUCUCCAUCUGUUUCGAAAUUAUUGCAUAAAGCAAAAGAAAAAGAACUUCUUUGUUCAACAAAUCCGGAUGCUAUCGAAGUUGAUUCGAGUUAUACUGGAUUACAUAUUCAAGGACCAAUUACACGAAAAUUGCUUGUAGAUUUGAUCGAAACAUCUCAGCAAGGAAAGAUUUUACAUGAAAAAUAUGUUUGUGAAAUUUUACAUCAAGCUCGAGUAAUUUUAAAAUCGUUACCGAACUUUAAUCAUAUUGAUUUAGCUAAUUUAAAACAUGUAUUCAUUGUGGGAGAUUUACAUGGUCAACUACAAGAUUUAUUACAUAUAUUUGAUUCAAACGGAUUACCAUCGACAGAUAAUGCCUAUGUUUUCAACGGUGAUUUUGUUGAUAGAGGCAACAAUUCAGUUGAAGUUAUUUUAAUAUUAUUAACAGCACUUAUACUUUAUCCCAGUUCAGUAUUUUUAAACAGAGGCAAUCAUGAAGAUAUUAUGGUUACAGUUAGAUAUGGUUUUCAUAAUGAAGUAAAUAAAAAAUAUCGAAAUCGUACAGUACCAUUAUUAGAUUUAUUCAAAGAUGUAUUUAGUUGGUUACCAUUAUAUUCGUACGUUGAUGCUGGUCAAGCAAAAUUAAUUAUUAUGCAUGGUGGAAUAUCGGAUAGAAUUAAUUUAAAAAAAUUAAAUAGUUUAGCAAGAAAUAGAUAUGUUUCUAUUGAAGUUCCACCAGAAUCAAAACAAGGUGGAAAAAAACUGACCGAAGAAGAAGAUCUUGAAUAUCAUCAGGUUCAAGAUUUAUUUUGGAGUGAUCCAGAUCCAAAAGGUCGUAAAGGUUGUCGUCCGAAUGAUGAUCGAAAAUUGGCAUGUUUUUUUGGAAGUGAUGUUACAGAAUAUUUUUUAAAAAAGUAUAGUUUAUCAAUGAUUAUACGAUCACAUCAAGUAAAACAAGCUGGCUAUGAGUUUGCUCAUAAUGGAAAGUUAUUAACUAUUUUUUCGGCAUCAAAUUAUUGUGGUGGACACAAUUGGGGCGCUGUUAUACGAUGGGAUUAUAAUCAAGAAGACCCAUGGAUAAUAUCUUAUAAAACAGAAGCAGUCGAUUUAAAUAAAGUUAGUUUUAAUAAAAAAGUGACAUUAUUUGAAGAUCCAGCUUAUCGUUCAUUAAUGGAAAAAAUUCUGUCAAAUAAAACUAAACUUUUGGAAGAAUUUGAAAAAGCAGAUAAAACUAAAAGCAAUCGUUUAUCAUUAAAAAUAUGGUCAGAAAUCAUGUUAGAAGUAUUAGUAUUAGAUUUACCAUGGUUGACAUUAAGAACAAGAUUAGUACAAGAAGAUACCAAAGGAAUUAUUUAUCGUACUUUAUUUGAUGAUUUUGUUAUUAGUAAUCCAAAAUUUCAAAUGCAAAAUGCCGGUAUUAUGGAGGAUUUAUAUUAUUAUAAAGAUAUGUUAUUAGCAUUAUUCAAUUUAAUCGAUUAUAAUCAUUCAGGCUUUAUUUCUCGUAAUGAGUUUUCUGAUAUUAUUCGUAUUAUACUUGUCGAUGAAAAUCAAAAUGGUGGUAGUGAAAAAGCGUCGAACAUAGUCAAUGAUGAAUAUAUUGAAGAGCUUACAUCAGCAAUGGAUUUUGAUAAAAAUGGAAAAAUUGAUUUUAAUGAAUUUUUAGAAAGUUUUCGUAUUGUUAAUGUUAAGGGAUAA